AUGAUCGUAUUUUCUCUCGUACCUUUAUCAGCGACUAUUAAUGUUCAUAAAGCAGACUUAUAUGGUAUUGCUAGUCUUACCGACCAGCAAUUAAUUGAAUGUCGGUUUCAUGGUUUUCUUACUUUUGAAACAUUUGGUUGUUGUUAUAUGACUUUUGUUCUCCAAGCAUUUUAUCGAUUAACAAGAGUUGUUUAUAGCAAAUACAGAUUUUUACAGCUGUAUUUUAUUCGUUACCAAACUCCUCAAUUAUCACGAGCACGACAGCGAAAAAAGGCUCAACGUGAUCUCAUGAUCACUCGCCGUAUUUUAUUUAGUGUCAUUGCUCUUACUCUACCAGGAUUUCCGAAUGCAGGUUUCGGGAUUAUGACAAUCAUUAAUAUUCGUUUUUCAGGCUCUUUUCAUAUGUAUAGGAUUCAAUGGAUGGGUCCAGCAAUAACUGUAUUGACACUUAGCAUAGUAAUUGUUUUUAUUAAUUCCCAAGUCAAACAAAUACUUAAAAAAUUCAAAUGUGUUAUAAAUCAAUUAACACCAAUAAUAUCACCAAUGCGAGAACUACGAUCACCUUCUAUUCUUCUACCAACUCCAAUUCAAACUUAA